AUGGCUGAGGCUGGCACGGUUGGAGGCUCCUCUCCCGCAAACAGUGCGUGGAGGGAUGACAGGAAAAAUGCAACUUUGUUGCCGCCUCGAAAGCUACCAGCAGAUUCGCGAUAUGCGGAACUCAUCAACGCGCGCCAGAAAACGCUUGGAAGUAUGGACUUGGCUGCACAGGUGCGUCUUCCAAGUGGUUGCUGCGAGGAAGAAUGGUUAGCCGUGAACAUUGUCGAUCUCUUCAAUGAGUUGAACCUCUUGGCUGGUGCUGUAAGUGAUAUCUGCACCGAGACGACAUGUCCAACAAUGAGUGCCGGCAGUUAUGCGUGGCAGUGGGCAGAUGGUGACAAAGUCAAGACGCCCCAGCAGCUGUCAGCGCCAAAGUAUAUAGAGAAGUUGUUGGUGUGGGUCGAGUCCCAGCUGGCAGACGAGACAUUUCUGCCUGUCAAGCCCGGGCAACCGUUCCCACCCCACUUCAAGAAGGGGAUCAAAGUGAUGUACAAGCGCCUUUUCCGAAUCUACGCACAUAUUUUCCACCACCACUUCAAGGAGCUGGCUGAGUGCGACGCUGAUGCUCACUUGAACCACUCCUUCAAGCAUUUCGUGUACUUCGUAAAGGAGUUUGACUUGGUAGAAGACUCGGAGUCCGUGAGCCCUGGCGCCCUGUCACUGCAUCCGUUCACGCCAACCAAGCUGGGAAAGAGCAGCGAGCAUGAGCAUUUCACCAAGGAUUCCAUCUUGGGCACUUCAGCUGCGGCCACCGACCGUUGUCGCAGGAGCUCCAAAGUAUGGCGGAAGCGAUUGGUGAAGAGCCUGCAGACGCCGUGGAGGCGGCAACAGCUGCAGCCUUCUUGGGAGACAGUUCGGACCGUCGAGCUGCAUGAGGAAGAGCGGAAUCUCAUUGCACAGCAGCAGGCACAUGGUUGUUGUUUAAGUUGGUGCUGGGCCAUUCAGAACUGGCUCCUCGCAGCGAGUGUCGGAGCCCUGUGCUUUGUGACUUACGGCGUCAUCGAAAUCUCUGUCGGAGCCCUGUCCUCGUUUCGGUUUGGCUUCUGCAGUGCCGAACCCUUGAGGAGUGAAGAGCAUUGCCCAAAGGGGCAGUGGGCCUCCUGGGGUGCCAAUAUUAUUGGAUUCAGCGCCUCCGUCUGUUUGGGCACCUGGAUGGCAGCGGCAUCUGCUUUCAUUGUGAGCCGCUUCGCACCUGCCGCUAGUGGAUCUGGCAUUCCGGAGGUGAAGACGAUUCUCAACGGCUUCGUACUGCCAGAUGUAGCUACGUUCCGCACUCUUCUCAUCAAGGUGCCCUGCUUGAUUCUGGCGGUGGCAUCUGGGUUGUCCCUCGGACAUGAGGGCCCGAUGGUGCACGUGGCAGUUUGCUGGGCCAACAUUUUGUCGCGCCUCUUUCCACAGUUCCGGAAUGAGGGCAAGAGGCAGCAACUCUUUUCAGCGGCCGUGGCUGCGGGGGUCAGUUCUGCUUUUGGAACACCGGUCGGCGGCGUGCUUUUCAGCCUUGAGGAGGUCAGCUCCAAUUUUCCCUCCAGAACGUUGCUCAUGGCAUUCGUAUCAUCCGUUGUGGCGACUCUUCUCCUUUCCGUGUCUGACUUGACCGGCACAGGGCAUCUGACAUUGUACAGUGUGCGUUAUACGAUGACGCUGCAUCCGAGCGAUUAUGUCAUGUUUGCCGUGCUCGGUGUGGCUGGUGGCCUUGUCGGCGCCCUCUUUAACGCAAUGAACAUCAGGUGGUGCGCUUUCAAAGCAAAACCUGCAUUCAAACGAUGGUUGGGGCCGGUGCAAGAGGCCUCCGUUCUCGCGUUCGUAACGCUUGUUUCGUCCUGGCCGCUGAGCCUGACGCGAUACCUCAUGGCCCCAACAAUUCAUGCUCUUUUUGACACGUGCAGCGACGAGCCCGGGGAGACGGUGCGCAGCAGGUUGCAAGCCGAGUUUGGACUUUGCACAGAGGACGGGUACAGCAAUUCCUCGGGCAACGGCCUGCUUACCUCCCUCGGCCUGGCAGCUGCGCUCCGCUUCUGCCAGAUGGUCUUCACCAUUGGCUCGGCCUGCCCAGCUGGACUUUUUGUCCCGUCCCUCUUCGUCGGCGCAUGUUUGGGGCGGUGCCUUGCGUUGGGUCUCAAAGCACUCAACGCAGGCACCCGAUUGUUUCCAAACAAGGUCGAUCCGGGCGUCUAUUCCAUGGUGGGUGCAGCCUCGGUCCUUGGAGGGGUUAGCCGCAUGACGAUAUCUCUGGUCGUGAUUAUGUUGGAGCUGACCGGAGGCUUAGACUACGUGGUGCCUUUCAUGAUUUCUGUGUUGCUGGCCAAAGCUGUUGGCGACUCUUUGAACGAAGGCAUUUACGACUUGCAGAUCGUUUUGAAGGGCUACCCCUUUCUGCAUGAAGAGUUGGAUGUAACCUUCACGGAGCGCUGUUGUGAUAUCAUGGAGACAGGCUUGGUGAAGCUCGACGUGAAGCUUCGCCCCCGCUUCCUUGACAUCCGUGUAAUGGUCCGGGCAUUCACGUUCCGCGGCUUUCCGGUGGUUGAUGGCGAUCGCUUUGUUGGCUACAUCCGUCGAUCAGCGUUGGAGGACUGGCUCUCGCGAAUGGAGCUCGUCCGAGGCCAGAACGAGGUGGUGGCUCUGGAGGAUUUGGCUUCCGUCAUCGACUCUACGGUCAUGCGCAUGGUGCCCGACGCCCCGCUGACUCAAGCACAUCAAGUCUUCAAGCAGCUUGGCUGCCAGAGAAUCUUCAUUGUGGGUUCUGUUCCCGGGGGCCAGCAGGAUCUGCUGCGCGGGAUCCUAACCAAAAAGAGUUUCCUCAAGUUCCUCCAAGACGGCACAGUAGGGUGUAUGCCCGAUGUGCUGCAGUACUCCACGUUAGAAAGAAAUGGCAACUUGCGAUUUGCAUACGAGGGGCCUCAGCAAGAGAGCACUGCCAGCCACAUUCGGGUGGGCGAAAUUUUCUCAGUUCUCAAUGCUGCAGCAGAGGCUGGCGAAGAGAGCAGGCUGUGCGAAAGACAUAACAAAAUAAAGGCUUCUACGCAAUUUCAGCGGGGUCUUUUCGUUUGGUCUGCCAGAGCCUGUUUUCGAGGCCAGAUGACGGUGCCAGCCACGCCAGCCACGGAGCCUCGGCGAGCGAUGUUGAAGAGGUUUUAUGCUCCGGACUCCGAGCAUCACUGCUUCCAAGAGAUGUUUGAAGAAUCCUAUGUCGCAAAAGCGACGCAGGACCGCCCAUGCCCGAAGGGCACUUGUGGCAAAACACCUGGAGGCUGCCCCUGCAACCAGCCCGGAGCAGAUCCCGGACUUCCAGUGUCUUUCCAUGUUCAGCGCGUCAUUCGCGUGGAGUCCUCGGAGCUGUGGGAGCGCUACCAGAACAAGAAAAAGGCAAUCAUGGCCUCGCGGCCUGGUGGCGUCGAACAGUUUGACCCUCCCGUCAAGACAAUGAACAAGGCCUCCGAGUACACCGGUACAUUUGCUCCGGUGGACGGAUCCAUCAACGAGGUCUAUGCUUUCCACGGCACGCAGGUGCGCUAUGCCUUGGCAAUCGCCGAGAACGCGUUCAGAAUCGACCUCGCGGGCUCAAGCACGGGCACGUUGUACGGUCGAGGGGCAUAUCUGGGCGAGUCUAUCAGCAAGGCAGAUGAGUAUGCAAAGGACGAACCAGGAGGCUACUAUGACGGCGUCUUUGCUGUCCUGGUUUGCCGUGUUGUUAUGGGCAAGCUGAACUGUACCAAAUCUGACGCGAAAGCGGCGGAGAAAGUCAGCGCUGGACAGUUCGACAGCACCUGUGGCACGCGUGUGUUUCGAGAGCUGGUGAUCUACGAUGCUGACCAGUGCUAUCCCGAAUAUGUUGUUCUCUACAAGAGGAAAUAUGCCAAGGACCCGGAGGAGGAAGAGACCACAAAGCCACGGAAACGCCGAUUCUUCAUGCAAGUGCCACUUCACUGGAGGAAUGUCGCGACCGACUUAUCUGCCGGCUUUCGGGAGGAGGUUGAUUUGAAAGGUCCGGCCACUACAUGGAUGCAGUGCUUGGUCAACCAAGCACAGCUCGUGCCAGCACGGUCCAUCCUGCAAGCAACACGGUUGGAAGACUCCAAGAUAUGGGAGCGCUAUGUGCAAUUCAAGGCGGCUCUGCGCAGUCGGAUAGAUGACCGAAGUGGAGAUCCCUUACGGCUCACUUUGGUGGAGAAAGACCUACGUGCGCUGAUGAAGCGGCCAUGCAAGUUUUUUAAGACCCCGCGGGGCUGUAAGUCCGGCGACAAAUGCAGGUUUUCGCACAACGAGUUUGGGUUAGACUUGGACGACUUGGGUCUUGCAGCCGGUAGACGCUUGCCGGUGGAUGAACUGGACAGGCGUUUGCAUGAAGGCUUCUUGUGGUAUGCUUGCACGCGGUCAACCGCCUCGGAACUGAGCCAGGGCCAUGUGAAGAAGGAUGCGACACUUCCAGGGACACGAUUCUACGAAAGCUUGCAGACCGCGCUCAAGCAGACGAAGGCUGAGGACGGCAUGAAAGCGGCGGUGCUGUGCCGCGUCAUGUGCGGGCUGCCCGGCGUUGAUGUUGCUGACGACAACACCGACUUCAUGAUCAUCGAGACCGAUGCCAAUGGACGCAGAGAAGUACUCGUCAAAGACGGCAGUGCUGUUUACCCCGAAUACCACUUGUGCCUCAGCUACAACGAUGAAGAGGAGGUCGAAAAGAUGAUUGAAAGCAUGGACAGAUCACCGAAAGGCAAGGAUGGCGACGAGCCGCGACUGGCUGUGGACGACCCGACUGAGGAGCCAGGGGAGAAAGGCAUGCUGUGCUGCGCCGUCGCAGAAUGA